AUCAGCCAGUCGCUACAAAAAUCAGAGUAUUAAGCUUCAUGUGACAACAAACUGUCAUGACAAAAAUUUUCAUUAACAAGCAAUGUCCGAAAAUUCUGAUACUCUUGCUAAAGAUUUAAUCGCAUCAAUAAUGAUAAAUGUCAAUAAUUCAAUAUCAUGUCAAGAACAAGAAACAGAAAAAUUGACUGGCAGCAAUUCCAACACGAGUAUCUCCGAAAUAUUACAAAAAGUCGCUGAACUUGCGGAAGGACUCUGCAAUGAUCUCCAGGGUGUUCAAAUAGGCGACUACGUCAUCUCUAUGAAUAAAUCCCCGCUGGAAAUCCAAGUUAAGCAGGCCAUCGAGAACUAUAAAGACGGAAAAGAGGUUAAAGUUUUAAUCAAAGGCCAGGGGGAUGGUGUGGAAAAUAUUCCAUUGCCUGGAGAAGUCGUUUCUUUAACUCCAGUAACUCCAGUGACUCCAGAAGGCUUACACGCAGAACCAAAUGUAACUGAAAAUGAUCUGAGUACUUUGAAAAGAAAAAAAAAUUUAUCUCUCGCUCGAAGAAUUUGGAGAAUUUUACGUUUUACUUUUAAUCGACGUAAAAAUUAA